GGAACCUCCCAGAAACACCCUUCAUUCCAUCCCCUCUCUUCCUAUAAAACCCCCCAACCCCUGCUCUUUCCCAUUAGCGCGAGCAUUAAAUAAAUUCACUACUUCAAACCACCGAAACAUUUCAAGAAAGAGGAGAGAAAUGGACGUGAGAAUGGUGGGCCUUGAAAACCCCUUCCUGUCAGCCCUCCAUCACAUGCUGCUGGACCAACAAAUCCUCCAAGACGAAGAGGGCCCCACACGCACCUACGUCCGCGAUGCAAAGGCCAUGGCCUCAACCCCUGCGGAUAUCAAGGAGUACCCAACGAAGUACGUGUUCGUGGUGGAUAUGCCGGGCAUCAAAUCGGGGGAUAUCAAGGUCCAGGUCGAGGACGACAACGUGCUUGUCAUCAGCGGCGAGCGGAAGAGGGAGGAGGACAAGGAAGCUAAGUACGUGAGGAUGGAAAGGAGGGUUGGCAAGUUCAUGAGGAAGUUCUCUCUGCCGGAGAACGCGAAUACGGAUGCAAUCUCGGCCGUGUGUCAGGAUGGGGUGCUGACUGUGACAGUGGAGAAGCUGCCACCUCCGGAACCCAAGAAGCCCAAGACCAUUGAGGUCAACAUCGCUUGAG